AUGUCAUUCGAAACCAAUGCUACAGUCGCCUCCUUCGGCGGAAAGCUGCUCAAGCUAUCCCACAAUUCCACCGUCAUCGGGUCCAAGAUGAACCUAAACCUUUACCUCCCGCCACAAGCUGUCAGCGGGACUAAAGUACCAUGGAUAUUCUAUCUCGCCGGCUUAACUUGCACUGGUGACAAUGGUGCGGAGAAGGGAUUCUUUCAACAAUCGGCUGCUAAGAGCGGGGUUGCGGUUGUAUAUCCGGAUACUUCUCCAAGGGAGCCGAGAUACGAAGGCGACGAUGCUUCUUGGGACUUUGGGCGAGCCGCGGGUUUCUAUAUUAAUGCGACGAAGGCACCAUAUAGCGAGACAUACAAAAUGGAGAACUACAUAAUUGAUGAGCUGUACGAUGCUCUACCAAAGGAGUUCUUACUGGAUCCAGCUAGAGUUAGCAUUAUGGGACACAGCAUGGGUGGGCACGGCGCUCUAAGUUUGUACUUGAAAUACCCUCAAAAAUUCAAGAGUGUGAGCGCCUUUGCACCGAUAUCGAAUCCAAUCAACUGCCCAUGGGGCCAGAAGGCCUUUGCAGGCUACUUCGGCGAUGACAAGGAAGCAUGGAAGAAGCAUGACGCCACCGAGCUAGUAAAGUCUCACAAGGGCGCACUUGAUGUACUAAUCGAUGUGGGUACUGGUGACAACUUCUACAAACAGAAGCAGCUACUACCAGAGAACCUCGAGGCUGCGGCUAAGGAGGCUGGACACCCAAUCGGCCCCAAUGGGCUGAACGUGAGGUAUCAGGAGGAUUACGACCACUCUUACUACUUCAUUUCCACCUUUGCUUCCGACCACGUGGAACACCAUACAAAAUUCCUGGUGAGCCAGUCGAAUUUGAUCGAUCUAUAG